AUGUCGUCGUCGUCGGCGGCGGUUGCGGCGGCGGCCAAUGCGUUCGAGACCGCGGCGGACGCCGGCGACGCGAUCGCCGCGGCCGACGCCCUGCGCGCCAUCACGCAGGCCGCGCGGACACCCGGUGCGGCGCGCGACGCGGUCCCCGCUCUCGCCUCGCGACUCGCGAGAAUCGCGGCGGAGGGUCCGGAGGGUUCAAAUGAGGGUUCGGAGGGUUGGGACUCUCAGGGGUACCUCCCGGGGUACCUCCCCGACCUACUUCGCGCGCUGAGAAACGCGUGCGCGGGGGACCGGGACGCGACGGACGCGACGUGCCUCGGCGUCGCCCCGGUGCCCAACGCGCUUCGCCGACUCAUCCCGGUACUCGCCGCCGAAGCCGAGCGCCAAUCGACCGAGGCGGGACGCACGGGACCCGAGUGCGACGACGCGUCCAACGCGUCGAACGGGAGUGCGACAAACCCGAACCCGGCGGCGACGGCUCUCGUCGUCGCCACGCAGCUCGCGGCGAACGCGCACGCGGCGGGUUCGGACGCCGCCUCUUCCAGGCUGUGGUCCGAGCUGUGGCCUCGAGCCGCGAGCUACGUCGCGCAAAGUAGGCGCGGUUUCGUCGCAAACGGAGCGCACCCGCCGCUGUGCAUGAUGGCGCACGAUAGGGUCCGACGGAUCAUCGGGUCCAACGGUGCAAAAGGAUCGGACGCUUCAACAUCGUGGGGAGGUUGGUCCGCGCCGGAGCCCCCCACGAACGUCGGUUCCGUGUGCGGGUUUGAGGCUGGGCGCACGGUUUGGAUCCCGCUGCUGGAGGCGUCGUGCGACCCGGCGAUGGCGCCGUGGCCGGGCGCGGGGGGCGGCGAGUGGCUCCACCGGUUCGUGGCGAGGGCGUGCGUGUUUUCGGGGGAGUUUGCGCCGCAGCUGUGCCGGUCGCUCGCGCCGCGCGCCGAGGAGACGGCUGCCAACCGCGAUAACAGGCUCCGAGCCAAGAUACUGACCGCGGGCGGACCGGACGGUUCGGACGAGGACGAGGACGACGCGCGGCGGCGGCGGCGCGCGGCGGCGUUUGGCGACGCCGCGCUCGGUGACGACGAGGACCACUCCGAGUCGUUUUCGUCGGCGCAGGCCACCUUACUGCACCUGAUUCGCGAGGAGGUCUCCAGCGCACCGGCGAUUGACCCCGACGCGAGCCCCGACGCCGGACACGAAUCCCACCUCGUGCUCUGCGAGGGGACGCUCAGCUACCUGUUGGACGCCACGUCGAGGGCCGCGGGUGCCGUCGAAGCCGUCGCGUCGGCUAAACUCGUCGAGGAAUCCGCCGAGGCGAACGCGACCGCCGCGCGGUGCGUGCUGGAGGAGUGCCUCGGGAUAUGGCGCGUCGUCACGGAGCGCGAGGUCAAGCCCCGGAUCGUUCAGACCCCCGGCGACGUCGUGUCCGCCGCGUGCGCCAUGGGCCUUCCCCGGCUUUUACUCGCCCUCGUCGCCGCCAUGCCACCGCCGAGGGGCGCGGGUCAGACGUCCAAGGCGUCGGGGCCCGCGGCGGCGCCCCGGCUAAACCCCGAGCACGUCACCCCAGCCGCGCUGGCGGAUGGCCACCCGCCGUUCCCUCGCGCGCGGCCGUGGCCGGGGUACCGCGUGGACUGCGUCGCGCCGCUCGCCAACGCCAUGUUUGCGCGUCCGUUGGUGUGCAACCAGGUGGCGAAGCUCGGAGGCGUCGCGAUUGUCCUCGCGGCGACUCGGGGCGAGGACGGCGACGAUUACCUGAGGGAGUGGGCGCUGUGGGGGGUUCGCAACCUGUGCGCCGGGAGCGACGUCGCGAGGGGCGAGAUCGAGCGGAUGCAGCCGCAGGCGGCGGCGGACUCGCAGCAGCUCGCGGCGAUGGGACUGAACGUGGAGGUUGACCCGGGCACCGGCAGGGUUCGCGUGGGAAGCGUGAGACGAGAAAAGGCGGCGGGUGGCGACGGCGGCGGCGACGGCGGCGGGCCCACCGCCGGCGCGGGCUCCGUCCCCGGUGGCUUGCUGCUGGGCCCCGAGGGCGCGAGGACCCCCGCGGGUAGGGCGGCGGUCGCGGCGCUCAUGGCGGGACUCGACGUCAGUCGCGAGGCGGGCGACGGCGAAGACGACGACGACGCGUUUGAGGCGCCGCCCAACUGGAAAGUCGCGGACCUGAGUUAG